AUGAAGUUCUCAGACCAUGGUUUUGACUUCAAAGCUGAGGAUAAUGCUAAUAUGAAGAUGCAAGUUGCUAUGAUGCCUGGCCAGUCACCGUCCUCAACUCUGAACAAUGGCAAUGCCUCAACACCAGAUCCACCGGUCUCAUCCUCAGCAACCUCAUCGGACGCCGAUCGCUUACGUGCUUCAAUGGAAGCUUGGAAGCGAACCGCUGCUAUAGCUAGUGAAAGGUAUAAUGAAGCACGGCAAAGACAAAUUGUAGCCGAACGAGAAGAUCGACUUGAACUCCGCAAAAGAUGGCUCGAAGAAGAAGCCAAAAAACGAGCUGAAAAUGUGGGCAAACAGAAGAAUGAUUUAAGCGGUAGCAAUGUUUCAUCGAAUAUGCCUCCACCGCUGUAUCAAUCGACCCCUAUCAACACCCGAGACAGGAAGCGUCACCUUGACAAUAACGAUUAUGGUCAUGAGGAGUGGCGGCAAGGUUUUCGCAUGAUGGAGGGAUCUGGAGUAUCCGAACUAUCGAAGUCGUCUACUGACAUGUACGGUAACAUGCCUUACCACACGCCUAAUGGAACUUUCUACCCAGGAAUGAUGAUGCCCGAAAUGCAGCAACAGGGUAAAGGAGCUAUGCAUGGAUUUCCCGGUCCAGUCUUUCCAAAUGGUGCUUCCUACCCGCAUGGAUCCUAUCCACCGAAUGGAGCUCUUCCUGCCCCAAACGGACAUUUUUCUUCGUCUAAAUCAACUCCAAAUUUCCGUGGGAACUCGUUUGCAACGCCACAGACGGCAUCAUCAUCAUCUGUUUCCUGUUCGCCGAUGCCAUCAACAUCCACUGCCGAUGGAUCGACAAUGGGUCAACGGUAUCCCUCGAUGGAAUUGCCUCAAUUUCCUAUCUCGGCUGAUUCGACUCCAGUUAUUCAACAACAGUCGCAACAAAACCAAUUCUCUACCUCAGACUCGACACCGUACAGUUGUGGAAUGCGCCCAAGUCCUUCGAUGUGCCCGACGUCACCGAAUGAAGUGCCAACACCUCCGGCCCUUGCCAAUUCCGGGAGUGUACCGCUAGGAAGUUCAUGUACUAGCUCUGCAAUAAUAGAGCAGAGUUUACGCAGCCCCGCUGAAGAUCUUGGAUGCAACGCUGUGAACGAGGACAACAUGACAAAGAUGCUUACAAGUAUACGCACAGAUAGUCUGGGAAUGCUCGGGGCUGAUGCGGUCGAUUCCCUGUUUGACAGUGAUGUUGGUGAUAAUGAUGGAGCCGCUGGACAGGUACCUUUGGUAACGUCAACUGACCAGAGCUCCUCUCCAGCAGGAUUCUCACAUGGAGGCCCUCAAAGCGUCCACUCGGUUCAUUCUGCCCCUCAAAGUAACAGUAAUUGUAAUCCGCCGUCAACACCGACACCGUCUGCACCUCUUUCGACGCCGUUCCCCUCCCAAGUACCUACAUCCCAAUCGAGCAGUUUUCCGCAAUCAUCUCCUCAACCGCCAACAUUUCGACCUCCUUCAUCGCCACAGCAGUCGGCUGCAUUUCCAUCGACGUCUCCCAACCAGCCGUCAUCGUUCCCGCAAAAUUCCCAAUCACAAGCUUCCUUUUUCCAACAACCAUCGUCAUCGCAUGGCGAGAAUUUUCCACCUUCGACGAUGGCAACAUCAACAAACUUUCCUAUGGCCCCUUCAUCCCAGAAUGUUGGCUUUCCUUCCUCCGCACCUCAACCGCCGAAUUAUCCUCAACAUAAUGCCAUGCAACAAAGUGCGUAUGUGCAGCAAAUGCCAUCAGCUCCCGUUUACCCAUCUUCGGGUCCACAGCCAUCAACAUCCAAUCCUUAUGCGUGUGCUCCUUCUGGCGGGAUGAUUCCAAAUACACCGGAUCCUGCGUUUAUGGCACAACAAGGCAUGGUAAACCCUGCAUUCGGGAUGAAUGGGUAUCCGGGAUACGAUAUGCCAUCCUCAGCGCAUAUGAGUCAACAACAGCAAAUGGCCAUGCAGUGUCCUCUUUGGGGUAUGGUUGGGAGCUGUUCCUUCACUGUGUUCUUCGAUCGAUGCUACCUACUCACUUGGCAAAAAUUGUCAACUGUCAUGCAAAAGGCCUUCUCUCCCGCUAUGAUGUACCAAGGCUAUCCAAACGGAGCAAGCAUGUCACAACAACAGUACUUUAUGCACAUGCAAAAGAUGCAACAGACACGGUUCGCUAGCGGCGUCGAUCCGUCUGCGCCGGGGUUCAUGGGCGGUCAACGUAUGAUGGGUAUGAGAGGAGCACCGAUGGGUCCUCCCGGACCGAUGAUGGAACCGAUGGCUCCACCAGCUGGCUACCCUGCUGGAUAUUCUCAAGGAAUGCAACCCUUCCCACCUCAACAACAGUACGUUGGGCAGUUUUCGAUGAACUGA